AUGAAGUUCACUCUCGCCGCCGCUUCCACCUUCAUCGCCUCUGCUCUGGCAGCCAAGCUCCCCACGUCUUUCACUCUCGUUGCUGACGGCGGCAACACUGUCCUCACUGACAACUCCCACGCCAUCGUGGACGCUGAGCAGGCCAACACGCUGGAGAUCCUGCGCCUGACAAGCAACGACGGCGUCAGCAUCAGCUUCACCCAACAAGCCCUGCCACCCACUGCCUGGCAGAACUUCUACGCCAUCCCAGGUGAUGCCCAGCCUCUCGGCCUGACCCAACCUCACUCCGCGGACCACCCCACAGGCGCUGUGUUCGACAAGUGGGGCAUCACCGACGACGGCUACCUCACUUUCAAGGGCGAGGACUCUUUCGGUCUUUCCGAGGACAACAAGCAGGUCUACUUCCUCGGAAAGGACUCUGAUAUCCCCAAGGUUUCUCUCUGGGUUAAGGAGCUUAAAUAG